AUGGCGACUUGUGGGAAUCUCCUCAACACCUCCAAGGUUGCUUAUCAUCUGCCUUCGGAUAUCCUGAGCGCCAAAUCCGACACCAUGUCGACCAAGCUACCCCCUCCACGCUCGAUCUAUGUGAUUGGUCCUUCUUCAACAGGAAAGACGACGCUUUGCGAUGGGCUGGUCAAGAAACUGGGAAUUCCACAAAGCUGGUACAUCACGGAAGUGGCCAGGACAGUCAUGACGGAACAAGGCUAUUCCAAGAAUACAAUCGCCUUGGUGGAAAUGCAAAAAGCUAUCAUGGAAGCCCACUACGCCCGUGAAAAAAUCCUGGACGCAGCGCAUUGUCCUCUACGAGUGUGCGAUCGGUCGGCCAUUGAUCCAAUCGUCUAUGCAAUUUUGACAUCCAGAAACGACGAGGAAGCCAGAGAGAGGCAGGCAUUCCUGACCGGCACCGAGAAGUUCCAGAAAGCCUUGACAAGAUACAAAGCCACGCAUUCGGUGGUGAUACUUCUGACGUCUGUUCCGGAGUGGUUGGUCGAUGACGGUGUUCGCACAACGGAGAACCAGGAAGAAUGCGUCGGAAUCUUCAAGAAAUUGCUCGAAGACUUGAACGUGCAAUACUUCGAGAUUGGCAAAGAAAUGAAGUUUCUGGAGGAGAGGGUAAUGCGCGCUGUCGGGUUGGAAUUUUGUUGA